AAAGCAGUGUGACAAAAACAACAACACAGAGUUCCACUUAAACAAACGUACAGUCAAUAACACAAUAGAACAUUCUGGAGGGAUGAAGAAGGAAUGAGGGAUGAAGCAGGGAUGGGGAUGUGUGUCCUUUGCAUGCAGUGCGAUGUUGUCAUAUGAUGACCCGUUUGUUUCUCUGAAUUGGAAUGGGUUGUUCAAACCGCACGUGACAUACACUUUAUUCGGUCCUCCAACUGCACCGGAGACGCGACAUUUAAUAAUCUUGAACAACUUGGCUACCUUAUACCUGGGCUACCCCGGGAAUAGGGAGCGUUCUCUCUUCCUAUAUGGUGACAGAAGACGAGCAGUGAGCCCCUCUCACAGCCUCACAGGCACAGCCUCCUACUGGCACACUUUCAAUAGAAAGAGCUCAGCGCUUGAGCUCAGGAGAGGAUAGCGCGCGUUCUAACCAGCACAAAGAUUUCCCUGGAUGACUCUCACAACAAUAAGUAAUUGACAGACAGACAGAUCUAUCUGGAUUGGGGCUUUGACUCCAUGGUCAAUGCGGGACCGGGACUGAUGCCAGCCCAUCAGCGGUGGUCGGGUCGGUCUUAAUCCUUACACUCCCUAGCCUAUCUCUCCAAAAUGUGUCAGUGCGAUUCGGUACGGAAAGCCAGCAGAACGCCGGGCUCUGUCGCGGAAGCCGGGAAGCUGUUCCUGAAACACACCACUUUCCACGGCCUGAGACAUGUAUUUCUGAGCGGCUCCUACCCCCGAAGGCUCGCCUGGCUGUUGGCUUUCCUCACAGCUCUCGCGCUCCUCUUCACCUGGUCCUCAAACCGGGUCCGGUACCUGCUUUCCUCUCCGGUGCACACCAAGGCGCAUAUGGUGUACGCCAAACGUCUUGUUUUCCCCGCUGUGACCAUCUGUAACCAGAACCUCCUCUUACCACGUCGCAUGAAGAAACCGGACAUAUUCAGCGCGGGAAGGUGGUUAGGACUUCUAGGGAGGAACUGGCAAGUGUCCCCCAGCGCCAGGGACGCGCUCACACCCGGGACCGACCAUGACAUCAGCAGCAGCAACGAGCCGCCCUGGUCUCCGCUCUCUCGGAUCCUGGACUUCAACCACUUUUUGCCGCCUCCCCUGGAGUCUCAGCCGUCCAUGCAGCAGCUCCUGGACCGCCUCGGCCACCAGAUGGAGGAGAUGCUGCUUUACUGCCGCUUCCAGGGAGAGCUAUGCGGGCCUCGCAACUUCAGCACCGUGAGUCUAUGGACAGCAACACGAAGUUAGGUUUACAGCAUGCAAUGACUGUAGAUAUUGUUGAUAAGCUUCUGCAACAUGUUGUAGCCUAUUGGUAUUUAGGAGAUAGUAAUAAUGUUGUUUGGACUAAUUAUGUCAUCAUGCCUAUUGUUAUGUUUUGAAGUGCUCUGGGUUUGGAAUUGAUUUGGAGUUGUAAUUACCAAGCCAACAAGAGUGGAUUUCUAUUCCUACUUUAGCCCGUGCUAUUUAACAGACCAGUAUUCUACCUCGUGUUCUGUCUAUAGACAGACAGGCAGGCAGCCAAGCAGGCAGGCAGGCAGACAGACAGACAGACAGGCAGGCAGGCAGGCAGGCAGGCAGGCAGGCAGGCAGGCAGACAGACAGACAGACAGACAGACAGACAGACAGACAGGCAGGCAGGCAGACAGACAGACAGACAGACAGACAGACAGACAGACAGACAGACAGACA